AUGUUGUUGGUUUACGCUGGCUUGUUUGAGUACGUCUCGAAGAAGAGCGCCGAGAACCUAGGUCACAGGCUGGAGAAGUUCGAGUUGCCGGCGCAGCGUCUGAACACACUCGGAGAGCAGUGUUGGCAUUGGAUCACGGCGAGCUGGACGAUGGUUAAUCCAUGGACAUGGGAAAAAGUCUUGAAUCCAUAUAACGUCAACCUUUGGUCUCUCCCCGCAGAAUUCCGCAGCUCUAUCGUCCUGUUCAUUGUUGUACUAGGCCUUGCCCGAUUGAAGACUUGCUAUCGCCUUCUGGCCCUCUCAUGCGUGAUUUGGAACGCUGCAGUGUACCACAAAUGGGAGGUAUCGGCAACCCUCGCUGGGAUGAUUCUGGCUGAGCUGGAUUCGUCUCAAGGCACCGACAAGGCUACAAAGACCAAGUCUAAUGGUACCAUCGGGCACCGAGCACGAGAGCUAUCGUUCUUUCUAGUGGCGCUCUACCUGGCCUCGUAUCCAGACCUCAAUGGAGAGCGCACACCGGGAUACAGGACACUCUCUCACAUGAUACCAGCUCAUCUCGAUAGGGUAAAAUGUUGGCAGACGAUUGGAUGCAUGAUGGUUGUUCACUCGGUCAAUCAUUCGAGCUUCAUUCAAAAGCUUUUCGCAGGUCCGUUGAUACAGUACUUAGGGGAGAUCUCAUACUCGGUGUACAUUGUUCAUGGCCCUAUCCUACAUUCUGUCGGAGUCUUAGCGAUUAGCUAUUGCUGGAAGCACGCGGGAAGGAGCAGUCUGACACAAAAAUAUGUCAGCUUCGCGUUGGCAGCUUUCACCGUCACCCCGGUUCUCUUCUACGCGGCGCAUUGUUUCAAAAAGUUGGUGGACGUUCCUUGCGGUAGAUUCACUCGGUGGUUAGAGGUAUAUCUCACAUCUGUGGGUACUGGCAAAUAA